CCCAUGUCUUCUCCUCACCGCAAAGCUGCACCGCUCUGGUGAUUGAAGAUCAACUGACAUGUGACCCCGGUGAUCCAGGCCUUUGGGGCCUUGCCAGGGUCGUCGUGUCAAAUAAACUCGGACCUCGCUCCUACCCGCAUUUUUCAGGAUUUGCAGCCUCGACCACCCGACCCAAACUCACCCAUCUUUUAUUCCUGCGGUCCCCCAUCUUGUCCUGCGUUUCCCUUACGAGAGAGCUCAAUUGCUGCCCUGCAUGUCGCUCAUUCAACAUGUUACGCAACAAGAGGGCAUUGAUCGCGAGGAAGCCUUAGUCGACCUGUUCCUUCCACCGGUCGAUCGCCAGCUUAGCCGACAGGAGGCUUCGGGGCGUCGGCUUUCGCUCGAGAGCGCCAUCUCAGAAUCUGCUGGCUUUCUCGGUGUCUCAGGCAAGCAAGUCAGGCGAGUCAUCAGCUAUGAUGCUCUCAAGAAGCCUGAAGUACCGGUUGCAGGCGAAGAGUAUGGGGGGUUGACACCUUACAAAGUGUCUACUUCCAAACGUAUCGCACAGGUCACUGCGACCGUCCUCGCGUGUUGGUUCGCCAGCGGCAUUGUCUUUGGCUUUGCAGCACUCAAGCCCAUUCUAAUCAAGGAAGGUGUCUUCCGAAAUCUCUGCACGAAAGAAGAAUUGGACUCAAAUGUCGAAGUUUGUUUCGACCAGGAUUUGCGAUUGAACUUUUUCUUUUCGCUGGCGUCGACUACGGCAAAUGUAUCUGCGCUUCCUGUCGGCACUUUACUCGACCGUUAUGGCCCGAGAAUAUGUUUCUUGCUCGGAUCUCUAUUCCUCACCGUGGGCAGCGUUCUUAUGAGUCUUGCCUUUCAGAUUGCAGAGUUUGACGGCUAUACUAUCGGAAAUUUCUUCCUUGCAUUGGGAGGCACUUUUGUCUUCCUGCCGUCUUUCCAAAUUGCUAAUGCUUUCCCGAAAUAUGGUGGCAGUAUUGUAGCCCUCGUCACAGGAGCAUUCGAUGCCUCGGCCGCUGUCUUCCUCUUCUACAGACUCAUCUACGAGGCAACUAACAGAGGUUUCAAACCACAGACAUUCUUCCUAGUCUACCUCGCGGUGCCAGUUGCAAUUAUCAUCGCUCAGCUGACGUUUCUACCAAACGAAGCCUACAAGACCGCCCCACAGUUGGAGAUGAAGAUAUACAAAGCUGAAGACGCAAUGCAGGACGUGCACUCUUCCGAUGAUGAGUUGCCUGAUGACGAGAUGUGGCGACGGAGGAAACAUCGCAGUGUCCGUCGCCGUCAGCGGCUCAGCAAGCUCGACGAGCUCCUCGGUGAUCAAGUGGCGCGGAAGAUGCAAGAAGAGAAGAAAGAGCACAAGCAAGAGGCAUCAGGGGUAUGGGGUGCACUGCACAACAAGUCGGCGAAGGAUCAGAUGCUGACACCCUGGUUCAUUCUUCUGACGCUUCUUACAGUCUUGCAAAUGGUGCGCAUGAACUACUUCAUCGCAACAAUUCGAGAGCAGUAUAUUUAUAUGCUGAACUCGGUUGAAUUGGCCACCAAAGUCAACGACUUCUUCGACUGGGCUCUACCUCUUGCUGGAGUAAUAAGUACACCCUUUCUCGGCGCCCUACUCGAUCACGUAAGCACCCCAAACGUACUCCUCGUUAUCGUCGUCGUUAUCACCGCCAUCAGCAUUGUCGGCUCAAUACCAGCUCUAUGGGCCGGCUAUGUAAACGUCAUCCUCUUCGUCUUCUUACGCCCCCUGUAUUACUCUGCAAUGUCCGAUUAUGCCACCAAGGUCUUCGGAUUUGCAACCUUCGGUCGUGUCUACGGUACCAUCAUCUGCUUUUCUGGACUAGUCAAUCUCUCGCAGACGGGUAUCAAUGCCUUGACGAAACGAACGUUCGACGGUAACCCCACGCCUGUCAAUGCAUUUCUCGGCAUCGCUGCGUUCUUGAUCGGCACUGCGCUGGUCACGUAUGUCACGGUUCAGGUUUACCGCAUGCGGAAGAAGCUAGAUGAGGACGAUGCUAUCACCAUUACCAACACGGAUGCCGGAAGUAUUAUGGAGAGCCUACUCGAAGAGGACGAGCCGAGGAGCUACGGGGCUAUCUAUUCUAACCGCCAAUCCUGGGAACCUUGAUCGACCAUGACCGAUGAUUGAUUGGCAUUAUCGACAUCGCCUUUGAAUCCACAUGGGAUGACUGAGAAAUCUCAACGUUUGGACAGUGUCCAUAUUAUUUUGCCGGUAUCCACGAUGUAUACGGUCAAUCUUUUCAUUCUACGGCUUCUUUUCUUACUAUUUCACCUAAAACUUGUAGAUUGCUCUUUUCUAGCGUCAUUGUUUUGCUCCAGCAUCUCUCCUCCUAUACUUCCUUGCGCAUCUCCACGCUAAUACUCCAGCGUUGUGUUAAUCGUUCUUGAACACGCAUACUGAAAAUUCCUACGAAUCUUACUGGUCGUUUAGCAAGCGAAGCAUGUAGACUAGAUUGUUAAUUGCAUAACUUUGGCGUUUAUGAUAUACUGUCAUACUACUCUGGUCGUAAAUCGACCAUCCGAUUGUCAACAUAGUUCAACAUUACAUGAUACAACCAUCUCAGUCAUGC